AACCAUGGGUCUGCAGCUGCUUACAAAAAAAAAAGGCACAUGAUGUAACCAGUACUUUAUCUGCAACCACCAUCACUACUACUACUGUCACUACCACUGCCACCUCCACCUCACCUGGUGUAUCAAUUCAGGGAGGGCGAGUGGUGGUGGGAACUAACAGUUUUCAACUGUUAAAAAGUCAAGGUAAAAUGGCAGUUAAGCAACUUCCUCUACUCAGUAUGCACAAUAAUAAAAUAUCAAAUAUACCAGUGCAGCCAUUGUUGUUCAAUAAUAAAGGUGAUCUUGUAGUUAUAAAGAGUUCUGGUGGACAAGUCAAAGAUACUUCUGCCAUAAUCAAGACUGAGGGCAGUGAUGAGACCAAGCAUUUAAAAGUUAAAGAUUCCUCAAGUCUUCUGAGUGAUGUCAGUGAAGUUUGUUCAGUGACUGACUCUGGUAGUCAAAAGAAUCUGAUUGGUGCUAAUAACAGAGAAAAUCAAGUGGAUGAGGAACAGGCAUCUACUUACUGGGAAGACUACUUGAGCCGUGUGUGUGAGGCUUGCAAGUCCAGCACCUCUUCAGAAGUAUGUGUGUCACUAUGGCUAAAGAUGCUGCCACUAGUUCAUCCUAGCCAAACACCACCUUCACCUUUCUCCUUCUGUCAAGCCAAAUCCUGCCAGCAGUUUCUGAGAUGGCCCCUUGCCAAACAGAGAGCCUGUGAGUUUCAGAGAGCAAGAGAAGUAGUGUGGUGGCUAGAGGAGUGUCAUGUGGAAGGGUGGGAGAGAUGGACAGUACCUAGGGUUGUGGCUUGGGCAAGGAGUCAUGCCCAUACCCCUGUAGCACAUAGGCCAGUCCUUCACACAGACAAAUUACAAGUGCCAUCAUCUAGUCCUGCUUCUGGAAAGUCAUUAUCUUAUGUGGGAGAUUUAGAAGAGCUGGAGCAACAGAGGCACCAAAGCAAUACAGCCUGUACCUCUGACUCUCCUGAGGUGGAUGUGGUGGGUCUUGAUGAGGAAGAAGAGUCACAGGGAGGCUCCAGAAGAAUACUGGGAUCCCCAUUUAAGAGGCAGUUAGAAUACCUUCAGUGGGAGGAUGCUGAGAUGGGUAGUGCUUGUGAGUGGGUGGGUCAGCUCAGCUCACAACUCCGGAUCUCUUUGUAUCCUGAGGAGGUCGCUGAAGGCUAUAUGGCAGAUGUUGCACGUGGUACUCUCUGGAAGGCUACUCUGAGCUUCAUGGAGGACCUCUUGCGUGCAGCAUACUUUCAGGGGUGGAAUGAAGCCACUGAUGUCCCACCCCGUAACAUCAUCGUCAAUCAUGUUCAGGCAGCACUCAUUACUACGCGGCCGGAGUUUGAUCUAUUGACAGAACACGGGCUGGGAACUCCCAGUGAAGAAUUGUGAGACAGUCCUAGCAAACUGUAGGCUAAGAAGGUGUGGUACAGGUCGGUAGAGCGUAGUCAAUUAUUGCAGUCACCGAUAAUUUCUUCACUAUUAUAGUCAGCUACCCUCUCAGUAUUACUUCCUGAGAAAUUAUUAGUUUAUCUCUUGCUUCAUAAAAGCGGCUAAAUAAUUUCUUUCACGAAUAACAGGUAAAUUAUCUUGAGUGUAUUCAAUAAUAUAAUGUAUACUGUAGUAUUCGACAUUUUCUAAACAUUUAAAAAUUUGACUUAAAUUAGCACUGUUUUACCGCUUUAAAAUGUUAAUUUAAGCACUGUGAUGAAAAUGAUACAUUGUAUGACUUUUCAUUGUUAUUUUUUUACGAUACGUAGCAGCAGCAGCAGUAGUAGUAGUAGUAGUAGUAGUAGUAGUAGUAGUAGUAGUAGUAGUGGUGGUGGUGGUGGUGGUGGUAGAUGUUUAAUAUGACAAGUGGCACAGUCAUAUCCAGUUUUCAUUCAUAAAAUUCUUAAGUUCUAAAAAAUAAUAAUAAUAAUAAGAAGAAGAAGAAGAAAACAGUAAAGACUGUCCCUCACCACUACCUGUUACCAGGAAAACGUACUGUGAUAUUACGUAUUACAAACAAGCAUACAAGUUGUCAAAAAAAAAAAAAAAUAUCUCAGGGAUGUA